UCAGCGGGAGAAGGUGUGGGGCGUGCCGAGGCAGCGGGGAGAAUCCGGUCAAGCUUUACGCCGCUGCGCAGAUGCCUCUCACGGGCCGGACGUGACGUAGGAAGAGUUCCGGCUUCGGCCUUCGCCGCUGCCGCCGCUGGUACAGCCGCCGUCGCCGCCGCCGUCGGGGCUUGUUAUUUCUAAAAUGGCGCCCCUAGACUUGGACAAGUAUGUGGAGAUCGCGCGGCUGUGCAAGUACCUGCCGGAGAACGACCUGAAGCGGCUAUGUGACUAUGUUUGUGACCUCCUCUUGGAAGAGUCAAAUGUCCAGCCAGUAUCGACACCAGUAACAGUGUGUGGAGACAUACACGGACAGUUUUAUGACCUUUGUGAGCUAUUCAGAACUGGAGGUCAGGUUCCUGACACAAACUACAUAUUUAUGGGUGAUUUUGUAGACAGAGGUUACUAUAGUUUGGAGACCUUCACUUAUCUUCUUGCACUAAAGGCUAAAUGGCCCGAUCGUAUUACACUUUUGCGAGGAAAUCAUGAAAGUAGACAGAUAACACAGGUCUAUGGAUUUUAUGAUGAAUGCCAAACCAAAUAUGGAAAUGCUAAUGCCUGGAGAUACUGUACCAAAGUUUUUGACAUGCUCACAGUAGCAGCUUUAAUAGAUGAGCAGAUUUUGUGUGUUCAUGGUGGUUUAUCUCCUGAUAUCAAAACACUGGAUCAAAUUCGAACCAUUGAACGGAAUCAGGAAAUUCCUCAUAAAGGAGCAUUUUGUGACCUGGUUUGGUCAGAUCCUGAAGAUGUGGAUACUUGGGCGAUCAGUCCCCGAGGAGCAGGUUGGCUUUUUGGCGCAAAGGUCACAAAUGAGUUUGUUCAUAUCAACAACUUAAAACUCAUCUGCAGAGCACACCAACUAGUGCAUGAAGGCUAUAAAUUUAUGUUUGAUGAGAAGCUGGUAACAGUAUGGUCUGCUCCUAAUUACUGCUAUCGUUGUGGAAAUAUUGCUUCAAUCAUGGUCUUCAAAGAUGUAAAUACAAGAGAACCAAAGUUAUUCCGGGCAGUUCCAGAUUCAGAACGUGUUAUUCCUCCCAGAACAACGACGCCGUAUUUCCUUUGAGGCCUUCGCCCAUCCUGCUGACCCAUUUUUCUGCCCUCUUCUUACCCCAACUUUUGUGUGUUACCCUCUACAAUAUACUUUUUAUUGAGCACUUUGCUGCUGAAAUGCUGCCUCUUGCCUUUUUUUUUUAAUUUUAAAUUAUCUAAAUUUAUUGUUUGUUAUGGUGUCUAUAGCAAUGUUUUUCUAUCAAUUUUCUCCCCCAUCUCAUCCCCACCUUGGACUCAUUUGAGAAGACUUGAGAAAUGUCUUCAUACUCACACUGCUGCAUGUGGCUCUUGCUUAUUUACUGGUCUGGGGGAAACAGGAUGUGUUUCCUUUUUUAAAAAAAAGCCAAUUGACAGAACAGACUACACUGAAAUACUUCUCCUUUUGUAUCACUCAGCCUUUUGUUUUUAGUUUGGUAAGUUUUAAGAAAUUUCAGCAGCAAAGUUGUUAUUCAUUGGGCACGAUGGACUGAAAAUGCCUCGAGUUAUGUAUACCUGUCCCAGCUGUAAACUUCAUUGUCCUUUGUUGGAUAUUUUAAAUGGAUAUAAAAUAAAUUGGUCUAAAGGGCUGCCCUCCUUGUUGUGUUUUUAAAUUUUAGUUAAAAACUGCUACAGCUUAUGACUUUGUACAUUGAUAAUUGUAUUGAUCUUUUUUCAGAUUCCUUGUAUUUUUUAAUAAAGUAAUCUUAAAUAAAACCCAGAUAGGUUAAAGUGUUAGAAAUUUUAAACAACUUACAUUGUUAGCUUAAAGUUAUUCUUCUUUUCUUUUUUCCUAGUCAGAAUUCUUGACCCUUUGGUUAUUGAGUUUAAAACUUCAACUUAAAUUCAAUACUAUUUAUUUAGAAAAAAAAUCACUAAACUGUGCCUAAAGAACAUAACUGCCAUAUUAAUGUUUUGGUUUAUAUCCUCUAUAGUAAUAGAAAAACAUUUAAUACUUGUAACGCUGAUAUAUUCAUUUGAUACCAGUUGAGUAGAAUGUGAUCAAUCAAUCCAGUUUACAAUCUAUCAUGAGUAUCAUUAAGUAAAAUCUAUGUACUUUUUAAUAGGAAUCAUUCUUCUCUUGCUGUAACACUUGACCUUAACUUUUAGAAAGUGUUCAUUUUUUAACUGCAACUGGAAAGGUUGAAAAGUCAGGACUCUUGUAUUUGUGAACUGUAAUCCGAAGCAGAUUUUAAAAAGUUUAGAAAGAAACAAAUUGUCCUUUUUUGUAAAGGUCUGUGAUACCAUGUUUUGGCUUUGUGUAAGUAAUUUGAAUAUCCAAAGGGUUGUGAUGAUCAGUUCUUGAUAUGCAACUGUCCACUUGAUAAGGACAAAUGUUCCAGUGUCUCUUAUGACUGUGGUCAUAAAUGAUGUUGGAAUUUACCAUUUUGUGAAAUAGUUGGUAUCCCUUUACUACUAUAAUUAAUUUUUGUCAUUCCAGGAACUCUUUGUGAAGCCAGCCAAUUAAUAAAGCACUUUAGCAUCUGU